AUGUACGCGACGCUUGCGCUCUCCGGCCCGCGGGCGCGCGAGGUGCUGAUGAAGGGCUGCCGCCUCGACCUUCACCCGCGCGCGUUUGCGCCCGGCGCCUGCGUGCAGACAGCGCUGGCAAGAGCACAAAUGAUCCUGCACCAGACCGACGACGAUCCCAGUUUCGAGAUCACCGUGCGCAACUCCUUCGCCCACUACCUCGCCACCUGGCUCCUCGAUGCCAUGGCGGAGUACCGGCCGGCCUGA